AUGUCUGACAAGCGGCCAGCAGUGGACACCCAAGCUCGGCGGCUUCCCGAUUCCGUCAAGGAUAGCCCCAGUGCAGGCCUCGGUGUUUGUGGAUGGAUUUUGGUGGCUGUAUCAUUCUUGUUCACGGUUAUAACUUUCCCACUGUCAAUAUGGAUGUGCAUAAAGAUCAUAAAAGAAUAUGAGAGAGCCAUCAUCUUUAGACUGGGUCGCAUCUUACAAGGAGGAGCCAAAGGACCUGGUUUGUUUUUUAUUCUGCCGUGCACCGACAGCUUCAUCAAAGUGGACAUGAGGACCAUCUCAUUUGACAUCCCUCCUCAGGAGAUCCUCACUAAGGACUCAGUUACCAUCAGUGUGGACGGCGUGGUCUAUUACCGUGUGCAGAACGCCACCCUGGCUGUGGCAAACAUCACCAACGCUGACUCGGCAACCCGUCUUUUGGCACAAACAACCCUGAGGAACGUCCUGGGCACCAAGAACCUUUCCCAGAUCCUCUCUGACAGGGAGGAAAUUGCACACAACAUGCAGAGCACCCUGGAUGACGCCACUGACGACUGGGGAAUAAAAGUGGAGCGAGUGGAGAUCAAGGAUGUGAAGCUCCCCGUGCAGCUGCAGAGAGCCAUGGCUGCGGAGGCAGAGGCGUCCCGGGAGGCCCGAGCCAAGGUCAUUGCGGCUGAGGGAGAAAUGAACGCGUCCAGGGCUCUGAAAGAGGCCUCCAUGGUCAUCACCGAGUCGCCUGCUGCCCUCCAGCUGCGGUACCUUCAGACGCUGACCACCAUCGCUGCCGAGAAAAACUCGACCAUCAUCUUCCCUCUGCCCAUAGAUAUGUUGCAGGCUGUCAUGGGGACAAAACAGUGA